UCACAUGAGAGGCCUCCUUCUUCUUUAGGGGGAUGGGCAGCUAGGCCAGUGUGUGUGCGGCUCCAAGAGUUUACGACCAGCACACACUCACGCACACUAAAAGUUUGCAGUGUGGAGCUCCUCGGCUCCACGCGUGGAAAAGUUGGCUCCGUCAACACGGAAUAGCAACAACGUGCUACCAUUGGACCGGUGAACUGCUUUUAUCGGAACAGAAAGCCUCUCAAUGGAAAGGGGGAAGUCGUCACAAGAAGUGAAGCGCGGUGAUUGAGCGCCUUUUGAAAAAAAAAAAAAAAAAAAAAUGUGAGGAGAAGACUUUCGAUAUGAACGCAUACAUUUGGAUGACGCUUCGACUCUUCCUGGCUUUGGGUUGGCUUCUGCGUGUUCGGGGAUGUGUGCGAGCGCCGCCAAGGUUCGGCUUCUGCUGCUGUUGCCGCUGCUUAUCGCCUGCGCCCUGGGACUGGGCUCCGAGCUGAGGGUUCGGGUCCGGCUCGCCGACGGGCUGGUGACCGAGGAGGUCCUGGAGGCGGACAGCGAGAGAGACGCCAUAUCGGUGGAGUUCAAGCAAGGAGACGGCACCCUCGUCACCUUUGUGGUCGACUUCAAGCAGGAACUGAAGAUAUUCCGAUCACUCAUCCUGGGCGAGCUAGAAAGAGGACAGAACCAGUACCAGGCUUUGUGCUUCAUCUCCCGCCUCAGCCACAAUGAGAUCAUUCCCAGCGAGUCCAUGGCCCGCCUCAGACAGAAAAACCCUCAUGCCAUUCGCCUGGCGGAGGAGCGUCGCGGCCUGGAGCACCUGACCAUGAGCGCCUCAGUCAACGUGAGCCAGGCCUGGCAGCUGAGCGGCCACAUAAACAACAUGUGCAGCGAGGCCCACGAGGCCAUUUACACCACGGAGGCGGACGUCAAGCACUGGCUGGACAAAGGCGUGGAUGGCUCCAUUUUUGAGGCGCUGCCCCACAAUUCUGAGGUGCCCCAAUUCCAGGCCUGUCACGCCACCAAGGACUUGUGGCAGCCGUGCCUGUGCAUGUACGGCCUGCGCCUGGAGUGGUACCCGUGCCUGCUUAAGUACUGCCGCAGCCGCGACACCACGGGCAAGGGCUCCACCUACAAAUGUGGCAUCAAGAGUUGCAGCAAGGGCUACCACUUCACUUACUACGUCCCCCAAAAACAGCUAUGUCUUUGGGACGAGGAGACCUAGUUUGACGUGUCUCUGACUGUGCUAUUUACAGCAACACUGGGCCGCAUUUUAUAUGAUAAUGUGUGAAACUGGAUUAGGUGGUGCUGUGAUGAGUUCCAGAUGUUGACGCUGGGAAAAAAAAUGAGGCCUUUUUUUGGAAGGAGAAGGAAAAAAACAAUCACCCUCAACGAUAAUGUGAUUUUUGCCUUCACUUUGGAGGGAGACUUGUCACCAGGGAUGACACACCAGCGAAAGACGCUCAUCAACGAAGGAAAACUGUGGAGGUGCCUUCGCUACCCUCGGUGAAAAACACUUUGCAUACAGCUUCUCAGCAGUCUUGUAUUGGCUUUCCCCAAACUGCGGGUCGGGACCCCCAAAGUGGGUCCAGAGUGAAUUUUUGGGGGUUUUAAUCACACACAAAGUUUUGGGCAAACAAUUAAGCUUUGUUAGAAUAAGUUAAUAUCUGUUGUAUUUGUAACGUUAACUUAUCAACAAUAUGUGGUACUAUGGCAAUACAUGUACUUUUGUGGGGGAAACCCAGCUUUAGUCCAUAUUGGCUGACAAAGAAAAUGCUUGUCAAUGCUGGAUUUAUUUAUUUUGCUCUCAGAAGGACAUUACCGGACUGUCUUUUUUUCAAAAAACCUUUGUUAUAAAUAGCUUCUCAAAAUGUUGUUGUUUUUGCUCCUCUUUUUUUUUUUUUUUUGCAUCCAAGCAAACUCAACUACGGGUCCUCAAACCACAACAAGAAAUAUUCAAACUAAUUCCGCAACGCUUCCAAUUGUGUGUCUUGUGUUUUCGGUCUUUUAAUAGGAGUCCUCUUGAUGGUUUGACCCCAUCAUCUUAGGGUGUGCAUUCCUGGUACUUACAUGCUGCCGCCUUAUUGUAAGAGUUGUAAGGUUGUCCAAAAGGAGGGUUGUAAUGUCUCUGUGGGUGAAAAGAGGCUAUUCAGAAGGAUGUUUUCCAAUGUUGGCACUCUCAGUAACUGCAUUGUGGCUCUAGAAGCACCUCUCCUACCACCAUAUGGUCUUUUUAUUUUUAGUUUUUUAAUUAUACACACUCAUGUUUGCGUCCUCUUGUCAUACGGUGAAAUAUUAUUUAUGCAGCUCAAAUCCAUGCUCACUUAUGUUAUUCAAAAAGAACUUCUUGAACUUGUGGGACCAAACACAGCAAUAACUUUGUUUCAGCCGUAUUGCAAUAUCGUUGAUUAACAAAAGAGCCAAACUUUUAAAUUUCACUGAGCCAAGUGCCUUAAUAUUUCUGCCUUUGAUACUGUAUGCUUAUGUAGAACAGGGGUGGGCAACCAACUGCGAGAGCAUAUGAUCCGGCCCGUCAUGGCACUCUAAAAUCAGAUGCAACCUCAGAGGAACAGUGCGGAAACAUUUAAUCCGCAAACGCUUACAAUAUACAUUUGCAUCAUAAUUUUUCAUACAUUGAGUACGGUGAGUUUUUUUAAUAAAAGGUUUCCCACCCCUGGUAUAACUCAAGUUGAAAAAUGUGUUUCUUAUUUUUCUAUGAAAGAGUUUUUAAUAUGAUGUACGGAUUUGCUAUAUCAGGAGCAAAUGAAGCAGUUAGCUAAUGUGCCAUUAAAAAGUUGCAUCAUACAA